UACAUUAGAGACUGUGAGCGAGGGGUCUUGAGGGAGACCGAGGAGGCUCUACCCAGAGAGUGUCAUCACAGAUUACCAGGAGAAGGCUCUCCGACGCUCGCUGUCUCUCCUGCUUUUGGCAGCAGCCAACACGCUGCGCGCCAGCCGCCACCAGAGCUCCGCUGCAGCCCACCAACUCUCUCUUUCUCUCUCUCUCUCUCUCACCCCUUCGUCUCUCUCUCUCUCUCUCUCUCUCUCUCUCUCUUUCUCUUUCUCAUCUGCCCUCCCCUCUUCUCUUCCCAUUGCUUCCUCUCUGCACUUGUUUCUUUAUCUUCUACAGCUGUACUUUACUAUCACCUUGUCUUCUUGAAUUUCACUUCUUGGUGGCAUUAAAAAAAAAAUGGAUCUAUAAUUUUUUUUUUUUUUCUUGCAAACUUCCAAAGCAAACCCAUCUCUCAGAGAGACAACAACUUUUUUUCCUCCCCCCUCUUUACUUCCAUCCAUUUCUCUUCCUUUUAAUUUUUUUUUUCUAAUGGCAAGACGUGCUCCUUGUGGUCUAACUGAGACGGGAUGCUUCAGGAUUUAAGCGCGAGCGUCCUCUUUCCAUCGUGUCUGCAGCACCGAACUUUUGCUCAAGUUCCCGACAAUGACGAGCAGUUUGUUCCAGACUUCCAGACAGAAAACUGGGUUGGUGCCGUUCGGAGGAGAAGGAAGUGACAUGACGUUGAAUCUAUCUAUAGUGGCUUUCCACGGACUGCAGCUGAAGAUCAAGAGGGAGCUGCACAGCCCAUGCUCAGAGCUGAGCUCCAACUGCAGUCAGGAGCGGCCCUUCAAGCUCCAGUAUGGAGAGAAGUGCCCGUACAGCAUCAGUGCCUAUGAGCAGAAGCACCACACGGGAAUGAAGCCCUCCAGCCCAGUAACGCCCCCCUGCAGCACCCCUGUGUCCCCCCUUCAUCAUGGCUCGCCCACGUCAGCCCCAACGCCCAAACCGGACCGGACUUAUGCCCACAUCCCUUCCUCGCAGCCUCUCCCUGACAGCGCCGCGUACUCCAUGGACCACAGAUUUCGACGUCAGCUCUCCGAGCCGUGCCACUCGUUUCCCUCCCCGCCCACGAUGGCCCGGGACAGUCGGCCCAUCUACCACAGGCAGCUGUCGGAGCCCAGCAUCCCCUUCCCUCCUCAAGGCUUCAAGCAAGAGUACCCCGACCCCCUGUUCGAGCACCCGGCCAUGAUGGGGGCGCCGCUCCCCCACGGGUACCCCGCCAGCAUGAUGAUCAAGCAGGAGCCGAGGGACUUCACCUACGACUCAGCAGAAGUGCCUAGCUGCCAUUCUGUCUACUUACGACAAGACGGCUAUCUGGCUCACGCUAACAGGACUGAAGGUUGUAUGUUUGACAAAGUGGCGAGGCAUUUCUAUGACGAUACCUGCGUGGUCCCUGAAAAGGUUGAAGGCGACAUCAAGCAGGAGGCCGGCCUGUACCGGGAGGGUCCAUCGUAUCAGCGGCGAGGCUCACUGCAGCUCUGGCAGUUCCUGGUGGCUCUUCUGGAUGAUCCGUCCAACUCCCACUUUAUCGCCUGGACCGGCCGUGGCAUGGAGUUUAAACUAAUCGAGCCAGAAGAGGUGGCACGUCGGUGGGGGAUCCAGAAGAACCGGCCAGCAAUGAACUACGACAAACUCAGCCGGUCGCUUCGCUACUACUACGAAAAGGGAAUCAUGCAGAAGGUCGCCGGGGAGAGAUACGUCUACAAGUUCGUGUGCGACCCUGAGGCCUUGUUCUCCAUGGCGUUCCCCGACAACCAGCGGCCGGUGCUGAAGACGGACAUGGAGCGGCAGAUCAACGAGGAGGACACAGUGCCGCUGUCACACUUUGACGAAAACAUGGCGUACGUUCAGGAGGGGCCCUACUGCCAGCCGCAUCCCUACAGCGAAGGCUACGUUUAUUAACAACACACACACCUUCACCGCGCUGUGCGUCCCCGCCUCCUCCGUACACCUGAGACUGUCAUGUCCUCUGAUUCACAGUCGCUCCGGGAAAAAGACUGAGCACACACACACACACACACACACACACACACACACACACAGAAACGCACACACAGUGGCACUUCCCUCAAUCUGUCCAACAUAAACACACUCACUCAUCCUCUUUUUUGCUCUUAUCUUUCUGACGUCCAGAGAGUGCACUUUAUGGACAGGAACAGCACCAGAGUCUGUGUGUUUGGCUUUUUACCCCCGUUUAUGUUUGUACAUUAAUGCUGAAAGCAUCCUGUUUAUUUGUCUUUUUUUUUAUUAUUAUUAUCAUUUUGAGCAUGUGCUGCCACGAUGAGACUGGAUUCAGCAGCUAAAACGUUGGUUUCCUGCAAAAAAAAAAAAGAACUCUUCUCUCCACACAUGAAGCAAACGUAAGGAGGUGAAACUAUAGUUUUGUCCUAAUGCAAACAUCUUCUACUGGAAAUGUAAUAAUACUUCCAUGGUUAAGAGACGGUUCUUUGAAAGACUGAUGUGAAAAAAGGACAUUUUAGCCGCGCAGGGGAGAAUUUCCUCGCCUCGAGGCGCUGACCACCGCUCUCAGCUAUGACUCCAACCAAACUGUAGAUCUCAUCAUGUAGGUGUUUUUGCUGUAAGAACAUAAACUCCACUGGAUCAUUCCCUCAUCAGCUAAAAAAACAAACAUACAAAAAAAAAAACAACCUUGUGGGUCACACCUUUGCCCCGCUACGAGGAUGCACUGGAAUCUUAAACAACAGACGGCCUGUGUUUAGGAUAAUCACCAGAUAAAUAACUCAGUCGCUGUGUGAAAAGAAGAAGGAAAAAAAAGAAAAAAAUGAUUUGUAUUCAUUUUUCAUUCAGGUGUUCAGUUUUUCAGUGAAAAACAGGUGACGUCUAUGUACAGUUAAAAUUAACUCAGAAUACCUAUUGCAUCCCCAAAUGAGAAAAAAAAAGCGGAUUUCAUCAGCAAAAACUGACAAAAAUCUUCAAAAAAUAUUUUUCUUUUCCUUUCUUCCAUUCUGUUCCAGGUGAACGCAAUGUGUAUGUUUGUUUCUGAA